AUGUAUCUCCCACCGAACAGGUUCAACCUCUUAUCCAAACGAUAUAUAGUCGCAUUGGUAUUAUCGAUAGUCAUAUUUCUGUUCAUUACGAGUGGUUCACGUCCGGAUCUCGACACCAUACGCUCACAUCUCAGCGAUUUGGCUUACCCGGGGCAGAAGGGUGACUGGAAGACGCGGAAGCAAUUUGUGAACGAGGCGUUGGCCAACGACAUCUAUGUGGACGAAUAUGACCCAGCACCUGUGCGCAAGCUCUGCGGCGAGGCCAAAUGGCGCGACGACAGAAUAGUCGAAUGUAACAGGCUCGCAGGUGGCAUUGGCAACCUCAAGAUCAACUUGCUUGGCUGCGCAAGGUUUGCCAUUGAAGCUGGAGCAAUCCUCAUCAGGCCUGUCCUUCACGCUAGAGAAGCAUUCGAGAAGAUGGAGAACAGCUUUGGCUGGGAUACUGACAUUCCGAUCUCAUACAUGUUCGACAGCGACCACUUCUUCAAGACCAUGGCCGAAGACUGCCCUCAGCUGCGGAUAGUCGACGAAGAUGACCCGAUGUACAACAUCCCGCCCAAGAGUGAGAUCCACGUUGUCCAGCCAAAGAGGCUCAUCCCGGUGGAGAACAGCAACGUCCUAAUCGACGCUUCAUUGUGGAGGCCUGCACUCGAUCAGCACGUCGAGGGAAUCAUCCAGCAGAACAACCUGCCCCAGCCGACCAAGGAGCACCCCAUCCGCAUGAGUUUCGACGACGUCGCCUUCUCGUGGCCCGUGCGAUACGACGGCGACGAGUUUCGAAGCGCCUUCGGCCACAUCGCGCGAUUCCCCACGCACAUCCGCGAGCUGUCGGCCCGCGCGUUGUACAACCUGUACAAGAAGCUUGACAUCCAUGAGACCCCGGCGAGCCCGUCCAAGGGUGCCUUCCUGGGCGCUCACAUCCGAACGGAGGCAGAUGCACAGCUCGAAUCUUGGACGUCAUUCGCGACGCAGAGCCAGAACGUCCGCGAGCAGCUCGAGCGCUACCAGCUGGGUGCCAUAUACGUGGCGACGGGGACGGCGAGCGACGUGGACCGGCUUAAGGCGGACCUGUCGGACCUUCAGAUCCGCGUCAACGAAACGCACACCACCGGCGUGCAGGUGUUGCAGAAGUGGGACAUCCUCGACGAGGCCGACGUCAUGAUCCUCGACACGCUCACGUGGGACCAGAUGGCGCUCGUCGACCUGGACAUCAUGCUCCGGGCGACCCGCUUCGUCGGCAUUUGGGAGAGCAGCUGGAGCUGGACUAUUGCGCUCAAGAGGCAUGCUUGGAGCGAGUUGGACCCGUAUGACUACAACACCCAUGCGCUUACAUACGAGGACGAGUACAGCAUUCUGUACGGCCCGAUUGGGGCGCAACCAGUCAUAGAUCCGUGCAUGUGGUUAUGA